CUACUUGGACAUGUCCUAUCUAGCCUGACUGACUACUAUCGUACGUCCGAUCUCUGGACCUAUCUCGAAGCCCCUUUCGACACCUUCACAACCUCAUCACCAUGUUGUUACGAUUAUCGCCGCGAAGAGUUGCACUGCUGGCGUUCCUUGCAUGUACUGCGCUGUUCAUCCUCCACCAACAGAUACCCGGUGGAUAUCGAUACGAUCAGCUUCCCACCUUCAAAAGUCCCUUUAACCUACACAAUUCAGCGCGUCCGAAAGCCCUCCUGCAUCUCGCGUCAACAGAACCAAUCCCCCCACGAAUUACCAAUAAACCUCUGCCCAGAGUCCAGGACCCAAAAGCAUACAUUCAACAGAUUCUAAACUGGAACAGACCACAGCCUGAUCCGUCGCACUGGCCCCCAUACGAAUUGUACAAUGAUCGUGACUAUGACCCGAAUCGAUGGGAACAGUUCGAAGAAGAUCAAGAUUACUACAAAGACAAUGGUGUGGAAUUGGUAAAGGGGGACAAUGGUGAAGGAGCACAACCCUACCUUCCAUACGUAGACUACAAUUCAGAUGAAUGGCAGAAAAAGUGGAAGGGCGAGUACGUCGCAUGUGACGGCCCCAGAGGACUACCACUCAACGAAAGUACCGACGACGUCGUAAAGGCCUAUUCCAAGAUUCCCGAAAACUUUCCACUCUCCUUCACAGGCUCAAAUGAAGCACUCGGACUUGACUUUAAUAAAUGCUUUGAGCGCUACGAUAGAUAUGGUCCUUAUGGAUUUGGUGAAGAUCAUGAGGAUGUACCUGGCUGGGAUCGGCCGAAAAUAGAUGUCGACUGGUCUGAGACAAAUUGGGGAGCCCUGCAAAAUGAGUGUUUGGAGCGGAACAGGGCACGCUUUCCCUCAGAUGCUCGAAAGAUUUCAAAGCUACAAGAAGAGACCAGUCUUUCAGAGCUCGAGGCGCGGGCACCAAACCCACCAUACGUCGUUCCAUCUAAUACGACAUCGAAAGGUCCCGAGUACAAGCCUCGGACGGCGGUACUCAUUCGUACUUGGACUGGGUACAAAUAUACGCCCAAUGACAUGCAUGCAAUCCGUUCCAUGAUUGCAGAACUAAACUUGCUUUCAGGUGGAGAAUACCAGGUUUUUCUUUACGUACAUGUCAAGAACAAGAAGUUGGACAUCUACAACAACAAAGCCCUGCAUGAUCAGAUUCUACGAGAAAAUGUUCCCAAAGAGCUGCGUAGUAUUGCUAUUCUAUGGAGCGAGAAUGUUGGCAAGGAGUGGUAUCCUCGAGUCGGCGACUGGCAGGUGUAUUGGCAACAGUUCAUGUGCUUGCAGCUCUUCUCGAAACAACAUCCGGAAUUUGAGUACAUCUGGAACUGGGAAACCGAUGCUCGAUAUACGGGCCAACAUUAUCAUUUUCUGGAACAGAUGGCUAAGUUCGCAAAAAAGACACCGCGUAAAUACCUCUGGGAGCGCAACAAACGGUUCUACAUUCCAGCUGUUCACGGCACUUAUGACGAUUUUCUGAAUAGCACCAAUACUAUCAUCGAGACCCAAUCGGCCGCGAAGACGAUACCACCUCCAGUAUGGGGCCCGAGGCCACAACAUCCUGAUCAAAGGCCUAUUGGUCCGCACCCGCCCCACAGCAUUGCUGAGGAUGAUUACGAAUGGGGCGUCGGUGAGGAAGCUGAUCUUAUCACACUACUUCCUAUUUUUGACCCGCGACACACCAUAUGGCCUAUGCGGAAUCACAUCUGGAACUUCGUUCCGGGUAUCCGACCCAUCUUUACGCCUCAGGACCCAGCCCAUAAUGGAUUCGAUCACCCAAAGUUCCAAGAAAUUGAGCGCAAAGUCGUCAUCAACACAGUCCUCCGUCUUAGUAAACGGCUCAUAGAAGCCAUGCAUCUGGAGAAUAUGGCAGGGCGAAGCAUGCAGGCCGAGAUGUGGACGAUUUCUACUGCUCUGCACCAUGGACUCAAAGCUGUGUACGCCCCACAACCAGUUUGGAGCGAUCGCAAAUGGAUCCAUCCUUACAGUGAUCUAAUUUUCAAUGCCGGUAAAGACGGCAUCUGGAGUGAAGAGCUGGACUCAGUUUACAACCCGGACCGCGAGUACAACUUCCAGAGCUGGAGUUGGUACUACCGUAGUAAUUUCCCGCGUCGCUUGUAUAGACGUUGGCUCGGUAUGACGACGUUAAUACAUCCAUGGGCAGAACCGGAACGGCAGGUGGACGCCGAAGAGGAGGAAGCCAAGCAAGGGAACGGACGAAUGUGUUUGCCCGGGAUGUUGUUACACCCGGUGAAACAAAUGUGGGAAGACCAACUUCGUUAAGGCUAACCUUGACGCUGCCACGCUGACGUUAAAUUCACGCAAUGAAACGGUUUCGACU